GUCCGUGGGGUAUAAAAGGGGAAAUUGCCGGGAAGAUUACCCACAGUAUACGGACAUGUUCAAGUUGGCUUUGACCCUGACGCUCUGCUUGGCGGGCAGCCUUUCGCUGGCCCAGCACAAUCCCCAUUGGUGGGGCAAUCGCAACACCAUCGUCCACUUGUUCGAGUGGAAGUGGUCGGACAUCGCCCAGGAGUGUGAGAGUUUUCUGGGCCCACGAGGAUUCGCCGGCGUUCAAGUGAGCCCCGUGAAUGAGAACAUCAUAGCGGCGGGUCGUCCUUGGUGGGAGCGAUACCAACCCAUCUCGUACAAGCUGACCACUCGGUCUGGUAAUGAGGAGGAGUUCGGUGACAUGGUGCGUCGUUGCAACGACGUGGGUGUUCGUAUCUAUGUGGAUGUGCUGUUGAACCACAUGUCCGGAGACAUUGACGGUGUCGUUGUGGGCACUGGCGGAACAGAGGCGGAACCCAGAGAGAAAUCCUUCCCAGGAGUUCCGUACACCGCCCACGACUUCCAUCCCACGUGCGAGAUUACCGACUGGAACGAUCGCUUCCAAGUGCAACAGUGCGAGCUGGUUGGCCUCAAGGAUCUCGACCAGAGCAGCGACUGGGUGAGGAGCAAGCUUAUUGAAUUCCUGGAUCACCUCAUCGAACUGGGAGUGGCCGGUUUCCGCGUGGACGCCGCCAAGCACAUGGCAUCGGAGGAUCUCGAGUACAUCUACAGCAGCCUGAGCAACCUGAACAUCGACCACGGAUUUCCGCACAACUCCCGCCCAUUCAUCUUCCAGGAGGUAAUUGACCACGGUCACGAAACCGUGUCCCGUGAUGAGUACAAGGACCUGGGUGCCGUCACCGAGUUCCGAUUCUCCGAGGAGAUUGGCAACGCCUUCCGCGGCAACAACGCACUCAAGUGGCUGCAGAGCUGGGGCACCGGCUGGGGAUUCCUGCCCUCGGGUCAGGCCUUGACCUUUGUGGACAACCACGACAACCAGAGAGAUGCGGGUGCCGUGCUGAACUACAAGUCGCCCAAGCAGUACAAGAUGGCCACCGCCUUCCAUUUGGCCUAUCCCUACGGCAUCAGUCGGGUGAUGAUCGCCUUCGAUGAUCACGACACUCCGCCGCCGCAGGAUGCGCAGGAGAGGAUUGUUUCGCCCGAGUUCGAUGAGGAUGGAGCCUGUGUGAAUGGCUGGAUCUGCGAGCACCGUUGGCGUCAGAUCUACGCGAUGGUGGGCUUCAAGAACGCCGUGCGGGAUACGGAGGUCACCGGCUGGUGGGACAAUGGAGACAACCAGAUCUCGUUCUGUCGCGGCAACAAGGGCUUCCUGGCGAUCAACAACAACCUGUACGAUCUGUCGCAGGACCUGAACACCUGCCUGCCCGAAGGAACCUACUGCGAUGUGAUUUCCGGCAGCCUGAUCGACGGAUCCUGCACCGGCAAGUCGGUCACUGUGAACGAGCAUGGCUAUGGCUAUAUCCACAUUGGAUCCGAUGACUUUGAUGGUGUCCUGGCCCUGCAUGUGGAUGCGAGAGUUUAAUGGUAAAGGUAACACAGAAAUCUGGGCUUUAUUUUUGUCUCAAAGUACAAUAAAAACGAACGCACAUAAUGUUUGGAGGUUUUAGCUCUAACUAUUCGAGUAUGUUUGUGAGCGGUAACAAUAGCAAUAGCAAUAAAAAUGCAAAGUAAGAUAUUUAACGCGAUUCGAUUCAAUUCGAUUCGAACUGGACUUAGUCUAACAAAUGCCACGACAGCGACAUCCUCUGAAUGUGAUACCCGCAAAAAGGGAAUACUAAGCAUUAUAUUGUAGUAUUCAGUAUAUAAGCUGGGCAAACUGGGCCAACUGGGCCUACAUCCACAUCCGAUCCAGCUGGCACUCUGUAAACGUAAACCCGCUCUGCAAAUAGAAGAAGUUGGCAUUGUGAAAUUGUAGUUGGGUGCUCUGGCCGGAAUCGAAUCCGAAUUUGAAUCCGAAUCCGAAUCUGAAUCGCUACAUUUGGCUCCAUUGGCGAUCACCUCUCACAAGCAUUCAGAGGCGCAAUGGAAAAUCGAUCGAAAAUAACUGGUAACUGGUAAGCGAUUUGGUCAGCGACUGUUUGGUUGGUUAGUUUCAAAACAAGCAACUACAAAUCAAAAUAGCAACGUUUCUACUGGCAUUCCGAUUACGAGUGUUACGAGUGUAGUUCUGGACCGAUCGAUGGAUCUCCCAGGUCCGAGAUGUCAGCUGGUGGCAAUUGAUGUGUGGUUAUCGGUACGAUUAGUUACCAUUUGAUUGGAAUUAAAUGCUUAUGAAGCGUAAUUACCUGUAAAAUGCUGAUAUCUUGCUUCUUAGGAGUAACACGCUAAAAACGGUCCUUACUCCACUUACAAUUUAACAUACAUGUGUAUACUUUGUAAACUAUGAUUCUUUAGAUACUCUGCUUAAAUUUAAAUUUAGGAUUUACUCGGGAUUAUUCUAUUUGACUAACAAACACAGAGUCCAAAAAUGUUGCUCAAAGUUUAACAAUAAAUAUUAAUUUAGUAAUACAAUGUUUUCCACUCUUUGCGCGGCACAAAGCAAAUGCUUUUCCUAAACUUUAAGAUUUAAGAUAAGUACGGCCCCAAGUCCAGCUUUAAUAUACAAACAUACGCACACCCAGAUGCGUAUAAUUUUGCUUU